GGGCGUGCAGUUCUCGCGUGUCCGUUCGAGGCUCGCGGGUUUUCGUGGGUGCAACGGCUCGCGCGCGACGUGGCGUCCUCGUGCCCGUCGCGGAACUCGGCUCGCGAUCGGGCCGGACUCGCAGGUCCGGCAGGAGGCGGCUCGCGGAGGUGUCCGCGGUGGCGGCGGCGGCGGCGGCGGCGGCGACGACGGCGACGGCAGAUCGGCCGCGAAGAGGCUGGCGCGCGUCGGGCACGGUAGCGCGGAGGAGGCGGCCCAUCGGGGGAGGAGGCGAGGUGCGCGACUCGGCGUUCGAGGCGUUCGAGGCGGACGAGGCGGAGCAGGCGUAGGCUCGAGGAGACUCUCGCUCGGGAACCCGCCAAAAUCGGGAGGCGAGGCGCGUCGAGGUGCGCGCCACCGCGCGGCGAGCCCGAGCCCGCCGCCGCGGCCGCCCGAGGCGCCCGAGGUGAUCCGGCGCUGGUGCGGGCUUUUGUUAUUAUUUUGCCGCGGUGCUUUUGACCCUCCGCGGCCGGGCGAGUUCACUCGGUCCGCCAGCCAGGGGGUGUCCGGCGGUCCGUGGCGGCGCGCCUGCCCCGGCGGCCCGACGCCGCUCCCGAGCGCCGCCCGACGACCCGGGGACCCGCGCGCCCCUCGACGCCCCUCGGCGCCCCUAGGUGAAAGCGAGACCACCACCACCACCACCGGCACCACCACCACCACCGUCGCCACGUGAUCGCCGAGCGGGACCGACUCCAUGGCCGUAACCUGAUUCGCGCGGCGCGCCUCUGCCCCCUGCCGACGGAGACGGCGCCCGUGGCCGCCCGCUCGGCCCCUUGAUGGCCGGGACCUGACCGGGACCUUACCGGGACCUGACCGGACGGGCCCGAGCGGCGCGACGUGGGACCCCGAGGUACGAGAUUUCCCGGAGGACCCCCUCGGAGCGGCGGCGACGGACGGAAGACGCCAAGGACGGGACCGGAGGGUCGCCGGCGGGGCCCGGGGGCCGCCGGGGGGCCGCAGGGGCCCCAUGUUGUGAGCGGCUGAGGACGGGCCGGAAGGGAUGGAGUAUGGGAGCGGAGGAGGCGGCGGAGGCGGAGGGGGCGGCGGGGGCGUCCAGCCUCCCUCCGCGGGGUCGAGGGGCAUCGCGGGGACGGACACCACCGACGCCGCUUGGCACAAGCACGAGCAAAUGAUCCUCAUGGAGUCCAGGCACAAGCAGCAACUGAGCGGCAGGACCGGCACCGGAGGCGCGCCUCUCUAUGGCCGCCUCGUGGCGGAGGAGCCCCUGCCCCCCGCGGUCGGCGGGGCCGGGGUCGCCGCCCAGGACACCCCGGCGGACAUCCACGCGAUGCAGGCCCGGAUACCCCACAGGUUUCGGGACCCGGCGACGGCCCCGCUCCGGAAGCUCAGCGUCGACCUCAUCAAGACCUACAAGCACAUCAACGAGGUCUACUAUGCCAAGAAGAAGAGGCGGGCGCAGCAGAUGCAAGGCGAGGACGGCUCCCACAAGAAGGAGAGAAAGGUCUACAACUACGGGUGGGACGACGACAACCACGACUACAUCAUCAAGAACGGGGAAAAGUUCUUGGAUCGAUACGAGAUCGACUCGCUGAUAGGUAAAGGCAGCUUCGGCCAGGUCGUCAAGGCGUUCGACCACGAGGAGCAGACCCAGGUGGCGAUAAAGAUCAUCAAGAACAAGAAGCCCUUUCUGAAUCAGGCGCAGAUCGAGGUUCGACUGCUGGAGAUGAUGAACAGGGCGGAUACCGACAACAAGUAUUAUAUAGUUAAACUGAAGAGGCACUUUAUGUGGCGGAACCAUUUGUGUCUGGUAUUCGAGCUGCUGUCUUACAAUCUCUACGACCUCCUUAGAAAUACCAAUUUCCGCGGCGUGUCGUUGAACCUCACGAGGAAGUUUGCGCAGCAGCUGUGCACCGCCCUUCUGUUCCUCUCCACCCCGGAAUUGAACAUCAUCCACUGCGAUCUGAAGCCCGAGAAUAUCCUCCUGUGCAACCCCAAGCGCAGCGCGAUCAAGAUCGUAGACUUUGGCAGCUCCUGUCAGCUCGGACAGAGGAUAUACCAGUACAUCCAGUCCAGGUUUUACCGAUCACCCGAGGUCCUCCUCGGGAUACCGUACGACCUGGCGAUAGACAUGUGGAGUCUCGGAUGCAUCCUGGUGGAGAUGCACACGGGCGAGCCUCUGUUCAGCGGGGCCAACGAGGUCGACCAGAUGAACAAGAUCAUCGAGGUGCUGGGGAUGCCGCCCAAGCACAUCCUGGACCAAGCGCACAAGGCGCGAAAGUACUUCGAGAAAGUCCCCACGGACGGUUCUUACGUGCUCAAAAAGUGCAAGGACGGGAAGAAGUACAAGCUGCCGGGCACGAGACGACUCCACGACAUCCUCGGCGUGGAGAACGGCGGCCCCGGGGGCAGGAGACUGAGCGAGCCCGGCCACUCGAUUUCCGACUACCUCAAGUUCAAGGACCUGAUCCUGAGGAUGCUGGAGUUCGACCCGAAGACCAGAGUCACGCCGUACUACGCGCUCCAGCACAACUUCUUCAAGAGAACGGCCGACGAGGGGACCAACACGAACAUCGCCGCCGCGAACAGCGCCAACACCAGUCCGGCGGUGGUGUCGAUGAGUCAAGAUCACGGACUGGUAACCGUGUCAGGGCAGGGAAGCAGCAGCAGCAGCAGCGGCGGCAACGGCGGCGGCCCGAUGCAGGUCCCGAGCCUCCCCGGCGGAUACCAGCCGAUGGACUGCGAGUCGUCGCCCCGCCACUCGGGGACGCGGCGCGGCGCCGCGACGACGAGCUGCUAUCCGGGCCCCGGCCCCGGCCCCGGCCCCGGCCCCGACGGCUCCCUCAUCCCGAGCUCUCUCGGCUCCUACAACAGCCUCAUCCUCCCGGGCAUCCCCCACCUGCCCGCCAUGAUGACCUCGCCGAUGAUCCAGCAGCCCAACUUCUACAACUACGGCUACUCGAGCUCCGACGGCCACGGAAUGGCCCGGCAAGCGCCGGCGGUCGCCUCCGGGAAGCAGCGCGACCAGGACCGGGAGGACAGUCCCAUGGUGGGCGUAUGCGUCCAGCAAAGCCCGGUCGCCAUCCACUGAGAACCGCUGCGCGCCUUUUCCCACGUUUCCUGUCCCCCCCCAUCCUCUCCUUCCUCCGAUUCCUCGACGGCCGGCGGGGGAAGCCGGAAGCGGACCUCUCUCCCUCUCCCCCCUUAGCCGCGGCUGCCGCUGGACGCACCGCGGAUCGUCGCGGAUCGUCGGGAGGAACGGAGGACGAGGCUCGUCGCCGUCUUCGGAGGAGGGGCCGAGCCGAGCGGGACGGACGGACGGACACGGCCUAGCGAGGAUGAACCCAGCUGGCCUCUCGGGUCCCGUGCCCGAUUCGACGAGGACACUCCGCCCGGAGUUUCCGACUCGGUGGACGAUGCGCGUCCACGAGACGACGAGAAUUGCGAGGACUUUCGGCAUCCGAGAACUGUGUGGCCUAGAGAGCAAACAAAGUGAUAAUUACUAUUACCUAUCGCGUAACGUAAGGACGCAAUCGUCUCGCGACCCGCGAGUGCCCCGAGGGCGGACGCGUCCGGGUACGCGGAAUUUUCUACACGGGGUCGCGAGGGUAACGAUUUAACGAUAUAAAUGUGUAUGAGAGAGAGAGAGAGAGAGAGAGAGAGGGAAAGAGAGAAAGCGAGAGAAACCGAGAGAGAGAGAGAGUGGGUGUGCGCGAGCCUGGGGAAGAGAAAUGCAAGGAAACCGAGCCGAGGGAUAGCCGUUUGUACGAUACACCUAGGGCGAGUGAUUCGAGGAGAGCGCAGCUUUAGGGUCUAGCUUUUAGGUACGGACUAGCGGAAGGAACGUAAACUCUCGAGGGGGGGGCUUUUCAUUUACUUUCAAUCGGAGGCGGCGGAAGGACCGCUCGCGCGCCGGCGCAAACGUCGGUUUCGUUGCCGAAUGAGGACUCCAGGACGAACGGGGUUUGCGCGGCUCGGACGAUACAUAUUUAUACAUAAAGCAUUCGUAAGAAAGUUAACAAAAGUAAAUAUAUAUACAUAUAUAUAUAUAUAUAUACACAUGUAAGGUUGGUCAAGAACGGUAUAAUCGUAUAUCGAGAACUAGGUACUUUAUUAUUAACCGAGAGUACCCGCGUUCCGUCUGUCGCCGUACCAUUGAUUUCUGCCGUUUGCUCCGCUCUCUCUCGCUCUCUCUUUCUUUCUCUCUCUCUCUCUCUCUCUCUCUCCCUCUCUGUCUCUCUCUCUUCCCCCCAUCUCUCUCUUUCUCUCCGCGAAUUUUCGAGGUUUCCGAGGUUCGGAUCCUUCGAUCCGUCGGAGGCGGACGUCGCGGGGGCGGAGUCGGAGGCGUCGGCGCGUUCCUUCGUUCCGCGCGUCAUCGAGCCCGGCACUGAUCGAAAGUACCUGAAACGCGUUUGAGUCCAAGUCGGGAGCCACGAAAUCGUCGCUUUAGUGCUUCCUUCCUUAGCGACGCUCCGAGGGGGACCCGCCGAGUCCGGGUGCAUCCCUGUCUCGGUACCGCUUCUCGGCCACGCUUCUCGCAUCUCGCCUCUCGCCUGUCGGCCCCCUCGACCGCGAGCCGGUGCACCGCGGACGCGGCGCCUCCCGGUGCGGACGCGAGGAACGGCCGAUCCCCCCCGAAAACCGCGAGGAUCGCCCCUCCGGAAGGAGCGGAAAGAGAGAGAGACGACUCCCCGAGCGGGGAAACUACGUCUUAGCUUGUCGCAAUGACCCCCCGCCCGCCACGCCUGUCGCGCCGAUUUCCAUCCUACGCGAGGAACGUCCCGGGAUGAACCGCAUCCCUCGAUCGACCCCCGAUUCGAUUCGCAAAUGUUCGCGUGUAUGUGUAUUACGUUCGCAGGGCAACUACCACCGGAUGUGGUUUUUAUAUUUUUCUACGAGUCGGCGUUUUAAGGCCGCGGCGCCCAUUCUCGGGAGGUUCUCGCCAGCGCGUCCACCUAGGGAUUGCCCGGUACCCGGUAGCCGUCGAGAUCUCCGGGAUCGAGCUCGGCCACCUUCGGGGGGGGGGCCCCCGUCCGGGAUUUUCUCUACUUUUCGAUUUUUUACGCGUCCGAGGUGGAGGAAAGACGACCCCGCGCAACGGCUAGGAUCAUCGCGCUUCACUUGGGAGUAAUCCGUGCCCAAAAGUCCAAGUACUGACGUAUGGAAUUUAUUAUUUUGCUAUCUCCGACGAGGAGGGGGGGAUGUAAAAAGUGAACAGUCUCAUUUCGAUGAUCCAAAGGGGGGGUACUUAUUUGGAGAGUAUACGACGUUAUUGCAUUACGAAUUGAUGAAAAUUGGUCUUACUUUGCUUAUAGAUGGGAUAUUUACGAGUAUUAGGUAGGGAGAUAGAUAGAUAAAUAUAUAAAUAUAUAUAAAUAUAUAUAUAUAUAUAAAUAUAGGUAUAAAUAAAUAUAUUAAUGUAAAAUUUUCACUAACCGAAGUACAUCGAUAGUCGGGGGGGUAGGUUAUUGUUCGACGAGUCGGGAAGCGCGGCAAGAACGUAAAUUCCAUACAACCUGACUUUUGGAUACAGGAUUGCGAUCUUUCCAAGCGGUCCAAGCGUAUCCUUCUUUACUUUCCUUUUUGUUUUUUUGACGAUUGUUGAUUUUGACGGAAUUAUUGUAUAUCGUUUGUACCCGUAGCGACGCGAUCGGUCGAGGUCGCCGGCAUGAUUUUUAGCGAAGAAACUGCGCUCGGCGAAUGAAAGCGACGAGCGCGUUUAGGGAGCGGGUGGGGGGGAAUAAAAAGUCUGUAGGGAAUUUUUUUUUAAUGGCCGAGACUUAUCCCGGAAUAGGGUCUCGACGAGCUCGCGCAGUUGUGGUCAAAACGCCUAAGGUGGCAUUAAUCGGGUGUCAAAAAGGAGAGAAUGCCUUGGGAGCGACCUCGCCCUUACAUCGGGGCCGGUCUGGCGAACCUUUUACGCGGCGUUGCGGCAACGGCAUCCCGAUAGAGCGAAUACCGCCUAUUCCUUUCCACUUUGUACGUACCGUUUCAUUCGUUCAUCUCUCUCUCUCUCUCUUUCACUCUCUAUCGAAAUUAAUCGGAAGGCCCUGAUUCGCGAUUCCCUUUUCCCGGCUCCUUACCGCGCGCGCGCGCGUCGUCGUCGUUCGGCGACUACGAUCGUAAAGAACUAUCCUGGCGAGAGAAGACCUUUUUACCGCUCGCAAAAACAGUUGUCGCAAAAUGCAAAAUAUUUAAGCCAAUUAGCAAAGAACGGACACGUAUACAUCUACAUAGAGCGUAAGUGCUGGCUGAGACAUGUUCCAAGUGAUUGCGUUUCUACCGCGACACCUAAUGUCUAAGAGACUCCAAGGGAUGCACUCGUCCCGGGGGUAUCCCGGGGUAUCCCGACCGACCGACCGACUUACUCGCAACGAGACUCGGACGUCCACCUAAAACUUUUUACUCGAAUCAAUAACGACUAAUGGUUCCUACGCGCGACCACCGGACCGCCGAUCGUCGACCGAUCGAUGUCGUCGGAAAGAAGAAAGAAAGAAAGAAAGGAAAAAAAAGAAGAAGAGAAACAAAACAAUGCCUUUCGAUUCGACCUCCUCUCGCGCGGAUUCUUCUCUCUUUCUCUCCGUCUCUCGCGAUUGCCACGAAUUACGAAGAUCUCUUAAGUUGUUCUCCUGUACAUAUGUAUUACUUUCUAGACAGUAAACCUUAGGGAUAGCGUUUUACAAGAUUUCGGGUUAAUGCGCGCGGAAGGAUUUAACGUAGGAAUUUUCUAUUAUUAAUGACAAGAGCGCGACCGCCUUUAAGGGUCGAUCGUCCGCUGUCCGAAUUGACUCGAGCAACGGCCGGCCCUUCGGCCCGCUCCCUGCAAGGGACUUACAGAGGAGCCUUCGGUUAUUGCCUCCUAAAGGGACUAUUUUCUACGACAUCGGGCGCCGGGCCACCGUUGCUCCUCGAUUGCCGAUCGCCGCGUCGAAGGUCCCUUAGAUUAUUAUUCGUCUCAUCCACUUCUUUCUAAGUCCACACCGUGUCGCGGACGACGAGUGUUCCUACGUUUAAUCCGUGUAGGUGUGCCGUUGCCUUGAGCCUCUCCUCUUUUUUAAAUAAGUAUUCGCUCUGACGUAAGCCAGGAUGUUGAUUGACGAAAAACUUGAAUAACGUCCAUGGACAUUGUUCCCCCGCUCGUUGGAUCGUCCCCAGAGGAUCGACUCCAGGAAAUCUUUGGAACAUGCCGCAGCUUAAGUAAAAUAACAUAAGUUUCCUAACGUCAUGUGUAAAAACAUUGUGUUCAGAAAAAAAUAUACUAUAAUACGACUGAUACGCCCGAAAUUUGACGAGCAAUCGUCGGCCGAGAAAGGGAGAGAUAAGGUAACGCGCCUCGGACGUCGAUUGACCGCCGUUCGUCGGGGAAAAAAAAAAAAAAAGA